AUGGGUGUGCAGAAGAAGACGCGCAAGUUCGCGCAGACGAAGCGAGUCAUUGGACAACGCGACGCACGACUGAAGAAGAACAUUGUCGCAGAGGCUGAGAAGCAGCGCGAGAAAAAGACCAAACCUGAUGGGGUAGUGCGAGAAGUCCCCCAAAUGCCCUCCAACAUGUUCUUCCAUCACAACACCGCCCUCCAACCCCCUUACCACGUCCUAAUCGACACCAACUUCCUCUCCCACACCGUCCACCACAAACUGCCCCUCCUCUCCACCCUCAUGGACACCCUCUACGCCACCUGCAUCCCCAUCAUCACCUCCUGCGUCAUGGCGGAGCUGGAGAAACUCGGCCCGAAAUACAGAAUCGCGUUGCAGAUUGCCAGGGACGAGAGGUGGGAGAGGUUGGAGUGCGAUCACAAGGGCACUUAUGCGGAUGACUGUAUCGUUGAUCGGGUGAUGAAGUCGAGGAUUUAUCUGGUGGGGACUAACGAUAGGGAUUUGAAGAGGAGGGUGAGGAAAGUUCCGGGGGUGCCGAUUGUGAGUGUGGCAAGGGGAAAGUAUGUUAUUGAGAGACUUCCUUCGGCUCCCGAAAAGUAA